UUUAACGGGGGGCUCAGUCGUCAAGCGUAGCCACUGAGUCUGCACCUACUUUGUGCUCUCUCUCUCUUUCUCUCCCGCUCUCUGUGCUCUCUCUCUCUCUUUCUCUCCCGCUCUCUGUCUCUCUCUCGCUUUCUCUCUCCUGCUCUCACUCUCUAUCUCUCCCGCUCUCCCUCUCUCUCUCUCCCUCUCUCUCUCUCUCUCUCUCCCUCUCUCCCUCUAUAUCUGUUCCCCUUCUCUGCCUCCUCUGUUUUAGGCAGUACAGACGCUGCUGCUGCUGCUGUCUUUGCCUCCCCCCUGUUGCUGGGCCGUCCCAUACAGAGCCGCGUUCGCUCCGAGCAUCACCACCCCCGCUUUCUGUUUCUCCCCUCGCGGUAAGACCCCCCCCCACCACCAGCCGCCAACAUGGAGGCCAUCAAGAAGAAGAUGCAGAUGCUGAAGCUGGACAAGGAGAACGCCAUCGACCGCGCCGAGCAAGCCGAGUCCGACAAGAAGGCUGCCGAGGACAAGGGCAGGCAGCUGGAGGAAGAGCUCGCCGGGCUGCAGAAGAAGCUGAAGGGCACUGAGGAUGAACUGGACAAGUACUCUGAGAGCCUGAAAGAUGCCCAGGAGAGACUGGAGCUCUCUGAGAAGGCGGCCACAGACGCGGAGGGAGAUGUGGCGGGUCUGAACCGCCGGAUCCAGCUGGUGGAGGAGGAGCUGGACCGGGCCCAGGAGAGACUGGCCACCGCCCUGCAGAAACUGGAGGAGGCGGAGAAAGCUGCUGAUGAGAGCGAGAGAGGGAUGAAGGUGAUUGAGAACAGGGCGAUGAAGGAUGAGGAGAAGAUGGAGAUCCAGGAGUUGCAGCUGAAGGAAGCCAAACACAUUGCUGAGGAGGCGGACCGCAAGUACGAGGAGGUGGCGCGUAAGCUGGUGAUCCUGGAGGGAGAGCUGGAGAGGGCUGAGGAGAGAGCAGAGAUCUCAGAACUGAAGUGCAGUGACCUGGAGGAGGAGCUGAAAAACGUCACCAACAACCUCAAGUCCCUAGAAGCCCAGUCAGAGAAGUACUCCGAAAAAGAAGACAAGUAUGAGGAGGAGAUCAAGGUGCUCAGUGACAAGCUGAAAGAGGCUGAGACUCGUGCUGAAUUUGCAGAGAGGUCAGCCAGCUUUGGACAGACCAUUGAGACCUGGAGUAAUGAACUGUAUGCUCAGAAGCUGAAAUACAAGGGCAUCAGCGAGGAGCUGGACCACGCCCUCAAUGACAUGACAUCUUUGUAGAUGACCUUUCACCUGUCACCCCUGACCCCUGGUCAGAAGGGCCGCCCCUCUACUGCCAGGCAUCCUGAAAAUGGCUGAACCCCCCCCCCCCUCCCCUAAUGUGCCAUGUGCCCCCCCAUUCCCUCUACACCCCUGCUCAUGCCCCCUUACAUACCCUUUUGCUGCCUCACAAUCCUGUGGGAAUUUCUCUGAAAACCAAGCUUCAAUAAAGUCCUGUGCAAAAAUCUCUUCCCUUCUCAUUCCUCAGUGCAAAUGUUUCAUAUUUUCGGAGUUUUCUCUUUUUUAAAAUGUGCUCUCAUAACUCGGGCCGUGCUCCAGUGAGCUCGUCUGUGCCGUUGCUGGUGUGGGGCUGGUUCGCCUCCCGCUCGAGAUCACGUUCAGAACGCAGAGCGCCGAUGUGUUUCCCAUGAUGCCCCAGC